UCACACAUUUGAAAAGAUAUGAAGACCUCCAUCUGCUCUUACUAUUUUUCUGUCCCGUUCCAUUGAACUGGGACUGUGAUCAGAGAAAGCCAUGCAUUCUCAUUGUCUCUGGCUGUUACCUUUUGUGUUGGGCCAGUAAUGAGCCAAAAUGUUUCCUUUUUCCAGUGGUGAGGGUUUAGGUUGGCAGACUCUAAUGGCAAUUUUUGAAGAGUUAAAUGCAGGACGUUUGGUAGAUGGUGCUGUUCCCAGCUCCUCACUCUUCCCUUGUGUGAGCUUUCACAUGCGUGCCCUUCACCAUGUGAUGCUGCAGUGCCCUCCCCAGAGGAGCUGGUUUCUUCCCCUGUGGUGCUGACACUGGGCUUGGGGUGGGGUUUGCUUUGGCUGGUAGGAUGCUUAGCAAGUGUUGUGUGAGCAGAGGCUUUCCAUGCACCUAUGUGGUUUGUCUUGGCCUCUUGCCACUAGAACCACAUGCUCCAGUGGGUGACUGGUUGAGGAGACGCAGAACAAGCCGGUAUUAUUUCGGGCUGCCGUAGCAAAAUACCAUAGACGGGGGGACUUAAAGAACAGAAACUUAUUUUCUCACAGUUCUGUAGGCUGGGAGUGUGAGAUCAAGGUGUCAGCAGGUUUAGUUUCUUCUGACACCUUUCUCUUCGACUUGCAUACGGCCGUCUUCUGGCUGUGUCCUACGUGGUCUUUCCUCUGUGCUGUGCACCCCUGACGCCUCUUUGUGUAUUCAGACUUCAUCCUCUUCUAAGAACACUAGUCGGAUUGGAUUAGGGCCCACCCUAACAACCUCAUUGUAAUUGACUCACCUUUGUAAAGGGCCAAACUCCCAAUGCAGUCACAUUCUGGGAUACUGUGGUUAGGACUUCAACAUGUGAAUCUGAGGGACCAUACAGCUCAUGACAGACCUGUAGACAGGUCCAGCCAGCCCCAAGAGGCCAGGACAGCCACAAAUCUCCAGCAGACCCAUAGGCAGGAAGUAAAUGAUGCCUGUUGCUCUUGGUCACUGAGUUCUGGUGUGGAGUUUGUCAUGUAAGGUUAUGGCAGCAGUAGCUGACUUAAGUAAAUGAGUCACUUCAUUCACUAUUAUUUUUCAUCAAGGGGAGAUUCACAUAGCACAUAAUUAGCCAUUUAAAAUUGUACAAUUUAAACAAUGCUGUUGCUUUAAUGUCUUUUCUCUUGUUGGCCAUGUGGUGGGGCAGUGUGGGAUCUUAGUUCUCUGAUCAGGGAUUGAACCCGCGCCCCCUGCGUUGGGAGCAGAGUCAUAACCACUGGACCACUAGGGGAGUCCCCAGUUUCUUUACCUUCUAAUGUGUAACAUCAGAGGUACUUUAACUGAAGGAAAAACACACAUUUUCUUCCCUCAAUGGAAAAAUAUUUUUCUGAAAAAGAAAACCUCAUUGUGGUCGUAUCUAAAAGGUAAAACUUAUGUUACACUUGGGAAACACAGACUGAAAAGGGAAGGAACUUGGUGCUAUCCCGAGCGUUUAGUCUCCUCACAGUUAUGGCUGUUCUGACUGCAUUCCUGCAAAAAUUGCCGGCCCUUGAAUUUAUUUAUUUAUCCAUUCAGUAUUUGCUGACUGACUACCACAUGCUGGCCCUACUCUUGUGUCUGAGGAUUCAGUGGUAAAAGAAAAGACAAAAAAUUGUUGUCUUCUUGAAGCAUGUCAGUUCUAGUAGCGAAAUCAUAUUAAAUCAGAUAAAUAUAAAGUUAAAUAGUUUAAAGGUGCUAAGAAGCAAAAUUGACAGGGAAGAUUGAUACAAAAUGUUCAGUGUUUUGAAAUUUUAUGUAGGAUGAUCAAGAAAGGCUGAGAAAGUGACUUUUAAAUAGAGAUCUGAGAAAAGUAGAAGAGCUGGCCAUGUCAACAUGAGAGGGAAGUGUGUGCUGGGCAGAGGAGACAGCGAGGGCAAAGGUGUGGGGCAGACAUGGGGCUCCUCUGCUCAAGCCUGUGACUCGGGAGUGCAGAAGGAGGGGCAGUAGAGUAGGGGACGGGUGAGCAGACACGAGCGAGCUAACAGGCUGCGUCCCUUGGGAUGCUCAUUGUUGUCAACAAGGCCAGGCUCUUCCCUGCGCCGAAACAGGAGCCCCGGGAGAGUUUUGAGUGAAGGAGUGGAUGUGGCCUGACAGGACUGCCCCUGCUGCUGCAGGGAGGACGGGCCGCAGGUUGGCAGGGAGCAGUGAUACCACUGAAGAGGCUCUUGCAGGCGUUCAGGCGAGAGGUGAGGCGAUGUUGCACCAGGGUGCGAAGAGGAGCAGUGGUGAAAAAGGAUUGACUUCUGGUCUAUUUCAGAAGUAGACUCAGUAACCCUGUGUAACUGGAAGAGUGAACUGACAUUGUCUGAGGAGAGGAAGACUAAGGAUUAUCUGUUGUAGGAGAAAUAUAUGAGUAGACUCGUUUGGGCAGGUUGAGUGGAGAUGACAAGCAGGCAGUUGAACAUUUGGCUCUAGAAGCAACUCGAGGCUGGAAAUGUAAAUUUGAAAAGUCAUUAUGUAGAUGGAUUUAAACCCAAAGUAGUGAGUGAGAGCACCUACAGAGUGGCGCCGCUCUGAGUCCACGGGUGGGGCCUGGAGCACUUUAAUACUCAGAGGGCAGGGAGGGGAGGGGCCAGCACUGCUGGACCGGAAGGAGGAAAGGUGGUCCAGGCGGGGCUCCAAAAGCCUGGGAGCAGAGAGUGUCCCCAGGCCUGAAGAGCCGCUCAGCAUUUUAACGUUAGUAACAUCUCCCCAUUUGUCUCCCAGCUAGCGGCGAUCGCUCCUCUUCAGCUAGAAAAAUGACAAUGUUCAGGAACUUAAAACUUCUUCUCUGGAAGAAUUUCAUUUUAAAGAAACGAAAGACUCUGGUAACGGUCCUUGAAAUCUUGAUGCCGUUACUGUUUUGUGCAGUUAUAAUAUAUCUUCGUUUUGGUAGUUUGCCAAGAAAGAGACCUCCUGUAGACUACAAUGUAAUUGACAUCACUUCUCUGCCAGAAUUCUUCAAUCAAUUUCCUCUGAAAAAUAAAUUUCAACUAGUUUAUAUCCCUUCCAAAAGUGAAACUUUGAAGAAUAUCACUGAAAUGGUGAAAGACUUCUUUACUGUUGAGUUUGAAGUUCUAGGCUACUCUUCAGUACCUUUGUUUGAAAAGUACAUAAUUCAAGAUCCCAAAGCUUUUUACGUAUUGGCUGGGAUUGUUUUUUAUCAUAACUUCAAUGACAGCACGGAACCCUUGCCACUUGAGGUUAAGUACUACUUGCGCUUCAGUUUCUUUCAGAGGAAUUAUUUAUCCUUGAGGUUAAUCCUCCAACAAGAUGACAUGCAGGGCUGGCUCACAUCCUUUCUUUAUCCUCCGAACCUAAGCCAAGAGCCCCGAGACUAUGGAGUUUCUGAAGGGGGAGCUCCAGGAUACUACCAAGAAGGCUUCCUGGCCAUACAGCACGCCACAGAUAGAGCCAUCAUGUGGCACCACGCUCCCGCUGAGGCGACCGGGCUGUUCCAGAGCCUCAGUGUGCUUCUGAAGAGAUUCCCGCAUGGUGCAUAUGUCCGGGACCUCUUCUUCCUCGUCCUUCAGAAUGAGUUCCCUCUUUUCCUUAUGCUCAGCUUCAUCUGCAUUGAGCUCAUCACCAUCAAUUCCAUCGUACUGGAGAAGGAGAGAAAGCUGAAGGAGUAUAUGUGCAUGAUGGGGCUGCACAGCUGGCAACACUGGGUGGCUUGGUUCAUCGUGUUCUUCAUUUCUGCCUCCAUUGUGGUUUCUUUCAUGACCUUUCUGUUCUGCAUAGAGUUUGACGAGUCAGCAGUGUUUGGAAAGAGUGACCCUAGUUUGAUAUUUGUGUUUCUGAUGUGUUUUGCAAUUGCCACAAUUUUCUUUGCAUUCAUGAUCAGCACUUUCUUCCAAAAAGCUCAUGUUGCCACUGCCUCAGGAGGCAUCAUCUUCUUCUUCACCUACCUUCCUUAUCUCUACCUUACGUUCACAUACACCCAAAGGAGCUUCUUCCAAAAGAUUACCUUUUGUCUCCUCUCCAAUGUUGCCAUGGCACUGGGAGUCCGAUUAAUCUCCACAUAUGAAGCAAGAGGCACAGGCGUCCAGUGGAGGAACAUGGGCCAUAUAGGAGGAGAGUUUAACUUCACUCAGGUGCUGCUGAUGCUGCUGCUGGACUCUGUCAUAUAUGGCUUGGUGGCCUGGUAUGUGGAGGCCGUCUUCCCAGGAGAGUAUGGUACACCCAAGCCCUGGUACUUCUUUCUCAUGCCCUCCUACUGGUCGGGAGAACCUAUAUCCCUUAGGAAUCCUGUGCUAGACUUAGAGGAUCCUCAGCAAGCUCUGGGAAACAAGUUCAUUCAGGAUGAGCCUACCAAUUUGAUAAAAGGAAUUGAAAUCCAGCAUCUAUACAAGGUGUUCUACAAGGGAAGGGAUGAACACGUGGCAGUUAAAGACCUGACCGUGAAUCUAUACCAGGGCCAGAUCACGGUUCUGCUGGGCCACAACGGAGCAGGCAAGACCACCACCUGCAGCAUUCUCACAGGACUUAUUACUCCUUCAAGUGGACAGGCAUUUAUCAAUGGAUAUGAAAUUUCUCAAGACAUGCUUCAAAUCCGGAAGACCAUGGGCUGGUGCCCCCAGCAUGAUAUCUUGUAUGAUAACUUGACUGUAGCGGAACAUCUUUAUUUCUAUGCUCAGCUGAAAGGCUUGCCGCGUCAGAAGUGCCCUGAGGAGGUCAAACGCAUGCUGCACGUGCUCGGGCUGGAGGAGAAGCGGGACUCCCGGAGCAGGUUUCUGAGCGGCGGGAUGCGGCGCAAGCUCUCCAUCGGCAUCGCCCUCAUCGCGGGCUCCAAGGUGCUGAUGCUGGACGAGCCCACCGCAGGCGUGGACGCCGUCUCCAGGAGGGCCAUCUGGGACCUUCUGCAGCAGCACAAGAGCGGCCGCACCGUCCUGCUGACCACCCACUUCAUGGACGAGGCCGACCUGCUGGGGGACCGCAUCGCCAUCAUGGCCAAGGGGGAGCUGCAGUGCUGCGGGUCGCCGCUGUUCCUCAAGGAGAAAUACGGUGCAGGAUAUUAUAUAACUCUGGUAAGAAAACCACGUUGUGACACAGAGAAGAUUUCCCUUCUGGUUUACCAGCACAUACCAAAUGCAGUUUUCCAGUCUAGCAUUGGAGAAGAACUGACAUUUAUACUUCCUAAAGAGAGCACGCACAGGUUUGAAGCUCUGUUUACUGACUUGGAACUGAGGCAGGAAGAGCUGGGCAUUGCCAGCUUUGGGGUCUCUGUCACCACUAUGGAAGAAAUCUUCAUUCGGGUUAAUAAGCUGAUGGAUUCUGACAUAGACUUGCAGAUCAUCAAGCUUCCCUCCUUCCAUUCGCAUCCACUGGUGAGCAGGGUUCCUGUCAACAGGAUUAAACGUCUUCAUUCAAGGAUUUUCUCAAUACCAUCCGGCCUACCCAUCCAUCCUAACACUGGGUUCAGCCUUCUCUGCCAACAGUUCUAUGCCAUGUUCUUGAAAAGGGCUACUUAUUCUUGGCGCAACUGGAUCAUGAUGCUGUCAAUACAGAUCCUGGUGCCUCUGGUCAUUCUUAGCAUCAGCCUCUCAUUCCUCAACUUCGAUAUAAGCAUGGACAACAGCCCAUUGGAGCUGACUCUAAAAUCAUAUGGUCAAACUAUUGUUCCAUUCUACAUUUCUCCGAACUCCAGGCUGGGUCCACAGCUUCUAGACCAUCUGACAGAUGUGCUUAUGGCUGAGGACCAGAAUCCUCUGGAGCUGCAAAGCCCAGUGGAACCAUUCCUCCUGAAAAAGUUGGAGGAGGAGCCUGAGGUCUUUGACCAGAACUACCUGGUAGCCAUUUCUUUUGAUGACGUGGGGAACCACACCAUCGUGACAGCACUGUUCAAUAACCAGGCGUACCAUUCCACGGCCCAGGUGCUGGCGUUGGUGGAUAACAUCCUGUUCAAGUUGCUUUCUGGGCCCAGGGCAUCCAUAACGGUACUGAACCACCCUCAGCCUCAGUCGAGCAUGGAGAUCGCGGAGGACAUCUUGUAUGAGGGCCCUAAAGGACAUUAUCUUGUCAUCAACUUGCUUUUUGGAAUGGCUUUCCUUUCGAGUUCCUUUUCCAUCUUGACAGUCAAAGAGAGAGGCCUCAAGGCCAAGCAGAUCCAGUUCAUCAGCGGCGUCCACGUGGCUACGUUCUGGCUCUCAUCUCUGCUGUGGGACCUCCUGUCCUUCCUUGUCCCCAGCCUGCUGCUGCUGGUGGUGUUUCUAUACUAUGAUGAGGAGGCUUUUACACACGAGGAGAAUGUCCCAGCUGUCUUCUUGAUGCUGAUGCUCUAUGCCUGGGCCAUCAUCCCCUUCAUCUACCUGACCAGCUUCUGCUUUGACAAUGCGGGGAAUGCCUGUGUCAAACUCAUCAUCAUGCUGACCUUUCUGAGCAUUGGCCCCUUUGUUCUUGUCUCGGUCACAAGUGAAAAAGAACUUGGCUACACAGCGAUCUCAGAGUCCCUGGAUAACAUGUUCCUACCGCUUCCAGGCCAUUGCCUAGGGAUGGCUUUAUCCAACCUGUACUACAACUUUGAACUGCAGAAGUUUUGCAAGGUCAAGAGCUUGGACCAGAUUGAGUGCAGUAAAGUUUCGGAGGGCUAUGUGGUCCAGGAGGACAUCUAUGCCUGGGAGUCUCUCGGGACAGGGAAGUACCUGACAGUCCUUGCCAUCUUGGGGCUCGUGUACCUCAUCCUGCUUUUCCUCACUGAAACCAAUGUCUUAUGGGAACUGAAAUCCAGGUUUUCUGGCCUCUCCUGGAAGCAAAAAAUGGUUGUUUUGCAGAAUGCAGAGUCUGUGCCUGGAGACCAAGAUGUGGAAGAGGAAGCAAAAAUGAUCAAGAACUCUUGGGAAGAUCUGUGUAAGAAAAACCCACUGGUCCUUAAAGAACUAUCUAAGGUCUAUUCCAGGAAGGUGCCUCCACUGGCUGUGAACAAGGUUUCCUUCGCUGUUCGAGCAGAGGAGUGCUUUGGUCUUCUUGGCUUCAAUGGAGCUGGGAAAACUACCAUUUUCAAGAUAUUGACUGGGGAAGAGUCUAUCACCUCAGGGGAUGCCUUUGUCAACAGCAUCAGCGUCAGCUCUGACUUGAGGAAGGUGCGACAGUGGAUUGGCUACUGUCCCCAGGUCGAUGCCCUGCUGGACCACAUGACGGGCAGGGAGACGCUGGUCAUGUUCUCCCGGCUCCGGGGCAUCCCUGAGCGUCACAUCAGCUCCUGUGUGGACCAAAUUCUUGAUGACUUGCUCAUGUACACGUAUGCCGACAAAUUGGUGAAGACCUACAGUGGCGGCAACAGGCGGAAGCUGAGUGCCGGCAUUGCCCUGCUGGGAGAGCCUGUGGUCAUUUUCCUGGACGAGCCAUCCACUGGCAUGGACCCUGUGGCCCGGCGUCUGCUCUGGGGCACUGUGGCACGGGCCCGAAAGUCCGGCAAGGCCAUCGUCAUCACCUCCCACAGCAUGGAGGAGUGUGAAGCCCUGUGCACCCGGCUGGCCAUCAUGGUGCAGGGUCAGUUCAAGUGCCUGGGCAGCCCACAGCACCUCAAGAGCAAGUUUGGCAGUGGCUACUCCCUGCGGGCCAAGAUCCGGAGUGACGGGCAGCAGGAGGCCCUGGAGGAGUUCAAGGCGUUCGUGGGCCUGACCUUCCCAGGCAGCGUCCUGGAGGAUGAGCACCAAGGGAUGGUCCAUUACCACCUGCCCGGCGAUGAACUCAGCUGGGCGAAGGUGUUCGGCAUUAUGGAGCAAGCCAAGGCGACGUACGUGUUGGAGGACUACUCAGUCAACCAGGUCUCCCUGGAGGACAUCUUCCUGAGCUUCAGCUGCCCUGUGCCCCCUGCCCGAGGGAGUAACAGACAAGAGAGGGCCAAGCCCGCAGACCCCACGUUUCCCUGUCCACCUCUCUCUCCCUCUUCCUCCCAGCGACCCUCUCCACCUCCCACUCCACCCCCCACUCCAUCUUCCUCCCAGCCUUUCUCCUGGUCUCCCACUCCAAUUCCCUUCAGGCCUUCCUCCUGGUCUUCAUCUCAGCCACCCUCUCUGCCUCGCUCUCCACCUGCCUCCCAGCCUCCCUCACCACAUCCCUCAAAAACUGCCUUGCUGUAAUAAAGAGUUUCCUGUGC